UCCAAUAGAGCUCAAGAAGAACGAUUUCAGUGAUGCGAAGAACAGAUGUGCUGAAGCAGAUCAGCGGACUUGCAUUGUUUGUUCUUUAGGCAGACGCAAACAGGAGGAAUUACUGCAGGAGAAACAACUGACAUACUGUAGCAAAGAUGGAGAAAAAACCCUGCAGAAUAAAAGAGACAGAGAAACAAACAGAUAAACAUGGAAAUGCAGUCAGAUCACAGACUGAAACACAAAAACAAGCUGGAAAAACAGGAUCUUUUCCCUGCUUUGAGUGCGGAAAGACUUACAAAUAUAAAUCCGAUCAUACCAGACACAUGAGAUUUCACACUGGAGAAGGCCUGAUGCAUUGCACCGAAUGCGGAAAGAGCUUCACGCACAAAGGAAAGCUGGACGUGCACAUGAGAGUUCACACUGGGAAAAAGCCUUUCACAUGCUCUGAAUGUGGAAGGGGUUUCACAUCUAAACCCGUUCUCCUAACCCACCAGCUCUCUCACAGCGGAGAGAAGUCGUUCCGCUGCGAUCACUGCACUAAAACGUUCGUGUCCGCGUCAAGCUUGAGAGCGCACCUUUAUGUUCAUGCUAGCGUGAAGCCACUCUCUUGCUCUUUUUGCAGAAAGGCUUUUUUACAUUUGCAAAAGUUGAAAGUGCACGAGCGUAUGCAUACCGGAGAGAAGCCUCACGUGUGUUCAGACUGCGGGAGGAGCUUCGCAACAUCGAGCAACUUAAAAACACACCAGAGGAUCCACACUGGAGAGAAGCCGUAUAAGUGUUCGGACUGCGGGAAGAGUUUCCAAAAGUCAACAUGUCUGAAAACUCACCAGAGGAUUCACACUUGAGGAAAGCUGUAUUAGUGCACUAUUCUGAUUAUUCAGGUUUUGUUUUUUCAGUCUAGCUCUUGAUGUGUUACUUUAAGCCUUAAACUCAAUUCCUGGAGGGCCGCAGCUCUUCACGGUUUUGCUCCAACCCUUAUCAAACACAGCAGAUGCAAAUAAUCAAGAUGUUCAAGACUAUUAAGCAGGGGUGAGUUGGAAGUGGUUGGAGCUUUACUAUGCAGAGCUGUGGAAUUGGAAUUUGAGUUUGAGACCAUUGCUUUAGGUCAAGGGUGUCCAAACUCUGUCCUUGAAGGCCAGUGUCUGAGAGAGUUUAGCUUCAACCCUAAUCAAACACACCUGAACCAGCUAAUCAAGCUUACUACCCUGCUGAAAAAUCCUGCUUAAACCAGCCUAGGCUGGUUUUAGCUGGCCGACCAGCCUGGUUUUAGAGGGGUUUUGGCCACUUUCAGGCUGGUUUCCACCAUUUCCAGCCUGGUUUAAGCUGGACAUAGCCGGUUUUAGCUGAAUUUAGCUGGUCAUUUUCCAUCCUGACCAGCUAAGACCAGCCUGGAAAUGACCAAAACCCCUCUAAAACCAGGCUGGUCAACCAGCUAAAACCAGCCAACCAGCCUAGGCUGGUUUAAGCUGGAUUUUCAGCAGGGUAGACAUACUAGAAACUUCCUUGCAGAUGUGCUGAAGCAAGUUGGAGCUAAACUCCGCAGGACACCGUCCCUCAGAGUUUGGACAACCCUCCUUUAGGUCAUGGGUCUCAAAGUCAAUUCCUGGAGGGCCGCAGCUCUGCACAGUUUUGCUCCAACCCUUCUCAAACACAGCUGAUGCAACUAAUGAAGGUGUUCAUAAGACUUUCAAACACCUCGAUUAUUUGGAUUUGUGUUUGAUCAGGGUUGGAGCAAAACUGCGCAGAGCUGCGGCUCUCCAGGAAUUGACUUCGAGACUAUUGCUUUGCUUGUUUUGGCAGAGUAUAACCUUUGAGAGAUGAAUAUAAAUGCAGUGAUUGGGUGCCUAUGCUGGCCAAGAGAGACCCUAAUGUGAGGCAAUUGAAGAAAAUGCAUGCAAUCCCAAAUAACACAAGCAAAUUCAGAAGAGAUCUUCGCCGGUUUACCUGUUGCAAAUCCUCACAAUGCAAACACAUUAAGAAAACGGGCUGUGUUUUCUCACAACACAUGCAAAUAUCAGGGUAGACAAUGGAAAUGUUUCAAGAGGACCCAAAAACGUGACUGAUUUAGGCUAUGGUUAUUUAGGCUAAUCGUACACAAAAGACAAGGGAAUGGUGUAAUUAGAAUAUUAAAAUAAAGUCAAAUAUCCAAGUUCACCUACAAGCAAUAAUCAUGGCACAAUUAGCAAAUCCCAGCCAGGUUUGUGCCUUUUUUUGGGUCCCCUUGAAACAUUUUUCCAUUGCGUUCCCUGCUAUUUGAGUGUUAGAAAUUGUAGCACAUUUUCUUAAAUUGUUUGCAUUGUGAGACUAUACCGCAUAUUUUCUUAAUGUGUUUUACAUUACCCACUCAAUGUGUUUUUUUUUUUU